ACCGAUCAAACCCGUAGGCUCUCUACCCGGACCCACCUGUCAUCUCCGACUCACCUCGCAUCCCUCGUCCCCGUCCUCGCGACACGACCAAACACGCCGGCAACCGACGACGUCACGCGGCUAGGGUUCAGGCGAGGGCGAGGCGAGCGCCAUGGCGGGGAUACGGUGGCCGCCGGAGGACCCGGAGAUCUUCCCGACGCGGAUGGUCGGCAGCGGCGUCUGGGGAGGCGUCGGCGGCGGGCCCCCCCCUGGGCCCCCGGGCGAGAUGGCGUCCGACGACGACCGGUCCGUGGCCGCGGACUCGUGGUCGAUCAAGAGCGACUACGGAAGCACCCUCGACGACGAGCAGCGCUACGCCGACACCGCCGAGGUCCUCCUCGCCUCCGCCUCCGCCUCCUCUGCGGCCGCGCCCUCCGCUCCGGCCACCGCCAACCCCUCCUCCGACUUCAGCUUCGAUAAGGAUGUCCCUGACUCCAGCGAUGUGGAGCCACAGAUACUGGGCUUGCAGAAUUUUCAGGAUGGCGCUUAUGCCGAGGACCUUGCUAAUUUCCACGAACGCAGCCACGCUGAUGACUGGUUUGGCUCUGAGGUCAUGAAUGUCCGUGUAGGCUGGACCAAAAAUUUGUGUUCAAGCAAGGAUUUGCCCGGCUGCAGCGUACUGGACAUUGGGACCAGGAGUGGCAGACUGUUGCAUCAGCUUGCGAAGCAAGGGUUUUCUGAUCUGACUGGGAUCGACUACAGUGAAGGCGCAAUUGAGCUUGCUCGAAAUCUUGCAAUUCGUGACGGGUUUGAGCACAUUAAUUUCUUGGUUGAUGAUGUGUUAGAGUCGAAGUUGGAGAGAAGAUUUGAACUUGUCAUGGAUGAAGGGACUCUUGAUGCAAUUGGGCUCCAUCCUGAUGGACCUGUGAAGAGAAUGAUGUAUUGGCAGUCAGUUGCUAGCUUGGUUUCCCCAGGUGGCAUAUUGGUCAUCACAUCAUGCAGCAGAACCAAGGAUGAGUUGGUGCAGGAGGUAGAGAACUUGAACCAAAGAAAGCUUGGUGCCAUGGACUCAGAAGGAUUGCCAGCCAGUGAUGCCGCGGUGUUUAGCUACCUCGACCAUGUCCAAAGUUACCCUAGUGUGGAUAGUUCUUGCAUCACGACAGUUGCUUUCCUGCAUAAGUGAAACAUACAUGUAUGCCCCGUUUAUUUCCAUUGCCCCUAGAAACUUACCAUACCUGUUAUUAACAAUGUACCCGCACGGCUGAUGUUUCUGCACGAUAUUUUAGUAUUUGACUUUGUGUGAUAGGUUCUUCAGA